GGCGGCCGACGGGAAGGGGACGGGAAGAUGGCGGCGGCCCUGAGGAUCCAGAGCGAUUGGAGCCGAACCCUGAGGAGGGAGGAGGGGGAAGCCUGGGUGAGCUGCAGGAGUCCCGGGAAGCCCACCCUGUAUGGCAGCCUGACCUGCAGAGGCCUCAGCCCUGAGGGCACCCCAGAGAUCUCUGCAUCUGAGGGCUUCCUGGUUGGGGAAGUCACCAAGAAAAGCAUUCUCCUCUCUUGUCCUCACGAAAAUGUCUCCACAAAGUUCCUGGCCCCCUACACAACUUUUUCUAGGAUUCACCAGAAAAGUAUCACCUGUCUUGAUAUUUCCAGUGGUGGAGGGCUUGGUGUCUCUGCCAGCACAGAUGGGACCAUGAAAAUCUGGCAGGCAGCAAAUGGAGAAAUCAGAAGACUAUUGGAAGGCCAUGUGUCUGAUGUGAAUUGUUGCAGGUUUUUCCCUUCGGGCCUCGUGGUUCUGAGUGGGGGAAUGGAUGCCCAGCUCAAGAUCUGGUCAGCAGAAGAUGCCAGCUGUGUGGUAACAUUUAAAGGGCACAAAGGAGGGAUUUUGGACACUGCCAUAGUGGAUCGAGGAAGGAAUGUCCUCUCCUGCUCCAGGGAUGGCACUGCCUGCCUCUGGGAUUGUGGAAAAUCCUCCUGCCUGGGGAUCAUCACUGACUGUGGCUCUCCUGUUAAUGGCAUUGCUGUGGGCACUGCUGACAACUCCCUGAACCUGGGAACACCUGAAAAAGCUCCUAGUGAACGUGAGGUUGGAACAGAAGGGAAAAUCCUGCUGCUGGCUCGGGAAGACAGGAAGCUCCAAGGAGUGGGACUGCAGAGCAGGCAGCCAAUCUUCCUCUUCACUGGAUCUGAUGCCUUCAACUGCUGCACCUUCCUCUCCAGCUCCUACCUCCUUGCUGGGACUCAGGAUGGGAACAUUUAUCAGCUGGAUGUGAGGAACACAAACAUUCCAAUCCAAAUCAUCCACAGAUCAGGAGCUCCUGUGCUCUCCCUGCUCCCCUACAGAGAUGGAUUUAUUGCCAGCCAAGGGGAUGGAACCUCCUUUGUUGUCCAGCAGGACCUCGAUUACGUCCUCGACCUCACGGAACCUGACUGUGACCCUGUGUACAAGGUGGCUUCUUGGGAGAAGCAAAUUUACACAUGCUGCAGAGAUGGGAUAGUCAGGAGAUACCAACUUUCCAACCUUUAGGUGCUUGGAUCAGCUGAAGAGUGGAGAGAAAUGUCCAAAUAGCUUUUUCCAACCUUAUUUUCCUUCCCAGCACGUUUGAGAUGUGCACAGGGAAGUUUCUGGGGCUGGUGAGGCAGACAGGUUCUGUAGGGAGAUGUUUUUUGGUGUGAUAGGUGAUAUUUGUUACUACAACUCAGCUUUGUUUUUAAUUUGGGGGUUAGAGAGGUUCUUGUGUUGCAAUGAUCUGUUGUGUUUUAUUUUUCAGUGCUCUUUGAAGGGGGGAAAAAGGGAAAUGGGGGGGAAGUGGUGGAGGUGUCUGUAGGGGUGGAAAUAAAACAUCUGCUUUG